UGCCCUGAUGGGCUCCCUACCCGUAUUCUCCCGUUCAGCGGCGUCUCGCCGUCACAAUCAUUUGCAUUGUGGCUGCGUCGCCUUGAAGACGAAAUGCGCUUGCAGUCGGUGGCGCGCGAACGAGUUGAGACGCUCACUUCAGAAGCAAAGAUCGACUACGACGCUAUUGUCACUCACCUCCGCGGACACUACGAAGGGCCGAAGCAGAUGGCCGACGCGAGACAAGCGCUUUCUUCCUGCAAGCAGGAGCCAGUCCGAGGACGGACUUGUAGGAAAAUGGGGGAGGUGUAAGAGAUCCUGU